UAUUCACAUCAUCAGUUGAGUACUAAUUGCUGAUAACAUGGCAUCUACAUUUGAUAGAAAGUUUAAUGGCGACCUCUUUGCAGCUCUGUCUGUAGGAGAUGUUUACAAGGUGAUCGAUAUGUGCGCAGCCAUGCCAGCUGGUCCUCUGCACAAGCUAACUAUACAUGGUGACACUGUUCUCCACAUCGCUAGUUACCACAUGGCUAAUGAUCUCGUUCUUGAACUACUCAGAAUGAUACCUGAAUACCAAUUCAACUUACUCACGGUACAAAAUGAAGCAGGAAAGACCAUUCUUCAUGCCACAGCCAGCAACAAUAAUACAGUCGAGGCUGCUGCUGAGAUGUUGCGCCGAGCUCCUUCAUUGCUCACCAUGACGGAUAAGCUCGGAGAGACGCCUCUUUUCUGUGCAGCCCGUUAUGGCAACACCAAAAGUUUCCAUUUUUUCAAAGCAGAAAUAAAUAGGAGACUUGGGGAAGAUGCUGCAAGCUUGAUGGGUUUUCUUCGAAGAAAUAAUAAAGAAACUAUCCUUCACGUUGCAAUUCAUAGUUUCAACUUUGCUUUGGCUCUUGAUAUUGCCAAAACUUAUCCAAUGUUGAUCGGUGAAAAAGAUGGAGACGGGAUGACUGCUCUUCAACUUCUUGCCUGCAAGUCACCACGUUUCAAACGUAGAUUUGAAAAGUUUUUCAUAUACAAGCUCAUUGAUUGGAUCUGUCUGAAAGAAAUAGCCAGUAGAGUUCCUAUCUUGAAAAAUAUUAAGGAAAAACGGUUCGUAAUUGAUUCCACAAAGGAACUUGCAACCCUCUUGAUUGAAAAUGAUGCAUCAUGGGAAGAAACAAAACCCAUGCCAACUCAGAACAGAGUUAAGCUCCACAGAUAUGGAGGAGGGAGUACACCUUCAGAAAAUGUUUCUACUGGAAAUAAUAAUAAAAUCAAUGUUACGCUUCCUACCCCCGACUCUCCAUUGAUUUUAGCUACGAAAUCGGGUUGUACAUAUAUUGUAAAGGAAAUACUGCGAGUGUACUCUCAGGCGGUAGAGCUUAUUGAUAAGGACGGACGUAACAUUUUGAAUGUGGCAAUUCAAUAUCGAAGAAUAGAUAUCUAUAAGGCUGUGAUCGAAAUGAAGUAUCCUCUCAUGACUCUAAGAGACACGAUCGACAAUGAAGGAAACUCAUUACUGCACAUGGUAGCCAUGAAAGCUACAGAUCAGCUUGUUGAAAUGGACUUCAGAAACCCUGCUCUCGAACUAAAAGAUGAUUUGCUUCUAUUCGAGAGUGUGAAAAAUAUAUGUACCAGUGUAGCAACUUCUCAGGUAAACAAUGAUGGAUUGAAUGCUACACAAUUAUUCGUCAAGAACAAGGAAAAGCUCCGAAUUGAGGCCAAAGAAUGGAUGAAGAGCACGGCUUGGGGCAGCGCCGGUUUUGGUUUGACCAUUGCUACUCUCUCCUUUACUGCAUCUUACACUGUACCUGGAGGUUUAGAUCAAAACACAGGCCAUCCAAUUAUGGGAGGAAAACCGUUUUUUAUUGUGUUUACCCUAGCCAAUGGCCUUUCCCUCACAUUUUCAAUAACAUCACUUAUCACAUUUCUUUUCAUUCUCACAUCUUCCUUCCAGUUUAAGGAUUUCAGGAGGUCUCUUCAUUAUAAACUACUCCUAGGCCUUACACUGGUGAUACUCUCUGUGUUAAUGAUGAUGAUAUCAUUUGCAGCCACGCUUAUCCUAGGAAAUAGUAGUAAAAAAGGCCAAGAUUGGACAAAAAUUAUAUUGUACACUGUUUCAUUCCUCCCGGUCACUGUGUUAAUCUACACAACCACACCUCUCUAUUAUAUGCUGCUUAAAGUAUUUAAGGAAAUACUAGGGAGUAUUAUAGCUUCAAUAUUGCCUACCCGUGAUGUUGAAUCGCGCAAAAUAAUGCAGCACCGCCGACUGCCUUCUCAAGCUCCAACUACGAUUUCUAUUGGUUGAUCCUUUAAUUAGUCCAUUUUUCUUUACCUCAUCAUUUCCCUUGUUCUUUUAAAGAACAAGGCACUCUAUAGUAUCACAUUAAAUUUGUUAUAUGUUUUUGUUUUAUAUAUACAUAUUAAAUUAAAUUUGUAAUA